UUUGUUUUCUCGUGGUGUCGAGCUCGCGCGGCCUCUUCGUUCCCCGCGGCGACCGGCGGGGCGGAGAAACGGCGGCGACGGCAGCAGCGGCUGCAGCUUCGGACACCGUCCUGUCCCCUCUCCGGCGAACCGGUUCCUAUUCCCCUCCCUCUCACUGUUUGUUGUGUGUUUGAUGUGUUAAAGCAGGAGCGAGUACGCGAGCAGCGCCAUGAGCAACACUACCAUCGUCCCCAGCACUGCGGGCCCGGGCCCCAGCGGCGGGCCGGGGGGCGGCGGCGGCGGCGGAGGCGGCGGCACCGAGGUAAUCCAGGUGACUAAUGUCUCCCCGAGCGCUAGCUCUGAGCAGAUGCGGACCCUCUUCGGUUUCCUAGGGAAGAUCGACGAACUGCGCCUCUUCCCGCCUGAUGAUUCGCCUUUGCCAGUCUCAUCCCGAGUCUGCUUUGUUAAGUUCCAUGAUCCGGACUCAGCAGUUGUGGCACAGCAUCUGACAAACACUGUAUUCGUUGACAGAGCUUUGAUAGUCGUACCAUAUGCAGAAGGAGUUAUUCCUGAUGAGACUAAGGCUUUGUCUCUGUUGGCACCAGCUAACGCAGUGGCAGGUCUUCUGCCUGGUGGUGGACUCCUGCCUACUCCUAACCCACUUACCCAGAUUGGCGCUGUUCCAUUGGCUGCUUUGGGAGCUCCUACUCUUGAUCCUGCCCUUGCUGCACUUGGGCUUCCUGGAGCAAACUUGAACUCUCAGUCUCUUGCAGCAGAUCAGUUGCUGAAACUUAUGAGUACUGUUGAUCCCAAGUUGAAUCAUGUAGCUGCUGGUCUUGUUUCACCAAGUCUGAAAUCAGAUACCUCUAGUAAAGAAAUAGAGGAAGCCAUGAAGAGAGUACGAGAAGCACAGUCCCUAAUUUCUGCUGCUAUAGAACCAGAUAAGAAAGAAGAAAAACGAAGGCACUCAAGGUCAAGAUCACGUUCUAGGAGGAGGAGGACUCCCUCAUCUUCUAGGCACAGGCGGUCAAGAAGCAGAUCAAGAAGGCGAUCACAUUCUAAGUCAAGGAGUAGACGACGAUCCAAAAGUCCAAGACGGAGAAGAUCUCAUUCCAGAGAGAGGGGUAGAAGGUCAAGGAGCACAUCAAAAAACAGAGACAAAAAGAAAGAAGACAAAGAAAAGAAACGUUCCAAAACACCACCAAAAAGUUACAGCACAGCCAGACGUUCCAGAAGUGCGAGCAGGAGGUGGGUCAAAAAGGAUCUUGCUGUGAUUUGUGUCAUAGAUUUGCACAUUUGUGGUUCUAGAGAGAGACGACGACGAAGAAGCAGAAGUGGCACAAGAUCUCCUAAAAAGCCUAGGUCUCCCAAAAGAAAAUUGUCUCGUUCACCAUCCCCUAGGAGACAUAAAAAGGAGAAGAAGAAGGAUAAAGACAAAGAAAGAAGCAGAGAUGAAAGAGAACGAUCCACAAGCAAGAAGAAGAAAAGUAAAGAUAAGGAGAAGGAACGGGAAAGAAAAUCAGAGAGUGAUAAAGAUGUAAAAGUUACACGGGACUAUGAUGAAGAGGAGCAGGGGUAUGACAGCGAGAAGGAGAAGAAAGAGGAGAAGAAACUGACAGAGCCAGCUUCUCCUAAAGCAAAAGAGUGUUCUGUGGAAAAGGGAACUGGUGAUUCACUAAGAGAAUCCAAAGUGAAUGGCGAUGAUCAUCAUGAAGAAGACAUGGAUAUGAGUGACUGAAUAUUUCCUCUGUGGGAAUCCCAACUGUAUACGUGCAUCAGUGUCAUUCCUCUGUGUGAUUUCUUAAUGCUGUAUUUGUUCAUCUCAAAUCUAGAUGUAUACAGCUCUGAGUCAUAAAUGGUUAUAAAGCUCUUGAUGUUGAUAUUACUUAUUUACAUCCAAAAGCUUUUAGAAAAAUGAUAUAUGGGUAACCAGUUCUUGACAGGUUGAAAUCUGAUUGAGUAAACAAGCAGUUUUACUAUUCUGGUGCUGCUUCAUAACAAAAAUGAAAAGCUGCAUGCAUCUACAGCAGGCAUGGAUUGUUUAUGUUGUAUGAUCUCCUUUAUUAAGUUCACUUAUAGUAUUUCUAGAAUUUGAUUCAUUGCCGUAAUAGAGCCAUGUAGGGAAUGCACUGAUUGCAUGUUAAUUGUGGCAGGAAUAUUCUAAAUGUCAUUCAAAUCCUCCAACAUGAUGGAUCUACUUAUGGUCUUGUUUGUUGACAUGACAAAUUAACAUUCUUAUAGUUACAUCUGGAAAUGAGCAUUUGAAAUAGAUAAUCCUUUAAGCCUUGUGGCUAAAUUUUUGUGGCUUUUGUUUAACUUUGAAGGGUUAUAUAUGCACUAACCUUUUUUGAUGGCUAUAAUUAGGCUUUAAUUACAGAAACAAGAUUUCAAAUGAAACUGUCUUUGGCAGUGAGUAAAUAGCAUAUUUUGAAGUAGAGUUGUAUACUUUUUCAUAAGGUGUUUGGGAAUUUUUUUUCCUAAAAUAAUUUAUUGAACAUCUACAUCAGUGAAAGUUAUCUGCCUAUCCUGAAGUCCAUCUGUAAAAGAAAGUUAUCUCUUGUCCUGAUUUUCAAUUGUCCACUCUUUUAUUUGUUUUAAUCUCAUUGUUGGAAAAGGGGGAUAGUGCAUUUUAAAUUGACCUUCAUAUGCUUUUAAAAAUAAGAUCUACUUGAUAAUGUACUUUUUAUUUGAUCUCAAGUUGUAUAAAACCAGUAAAUUUUGUGUUACUGUUACUGCAGUAGUAAUCUUAUGCACACAGUGAUUCCAUGUUAAAUGCAAAGUAGUUAGGCAACUGUUUUCUUACAGGAGUUUCCAAGCUUCACUUUUGUGCAGUAAAAACAAAAGUAGGCUACAGUCUGUGCCAUGUUGAUGUACAGUUUCUGAAAUUGUUUUACAAGACUUUGAUAAUAAAACCCUUAAACUUAUGUUUAUGUUCCUGUAAAACUGUAUUUGUAUUUAUUUACAUUGUUGAAUGUAUGGCAUUUACCUCAUUCAUUUUACAUAUCAAGUUCUUUUUCCUUUCAGUCCACAUAUUUUAAUAUAGUAGUAAGAUGGAAUCCAUCACUGUAGUGAUUAGUUGCCAUUAGAAUUGUCAAAAUUAGUUUUAAUUUCUAUCCAAAACAGUCUUUUUCUAAGUGUAAUUUUCUUAUAUUUUGGGUGUAGGACUUGGGUUGAGUAAAGCAAUGAACUUUAGGGUAAAUGAUCCCACCUAUAUCUAGUAAAUUUAUAUUUUUGGUGAAUAUAAACAUACUUUUCUGGAAUAGUAUAGAAACUCAACGGUAUGUAUCUAUUGUACAAUACUAAAUAGUAUAUUUAUUCAUUUAUGAAAUGAGUAGUGUCUGAGUGGCUGGGAUUAAGGGGAAAAUGAGCCGGAAUUGUAGCUUUUAUCCAAAUUGGAAUAUAAUUUUUUUUUUUAACUUUUAGAAGUGAAAUGCCGUAUAGAUAAGCUAGUGUUGUUUUUACAGUUUGUAGUAACUUUUUAAAGAUUUUAUGGAAGGGAAUUUUGUCUGUAGUGAGUAAGACGUUCUAGUAAUGGUCCUAAAAAUCACUGCAUUUUUAAACACGAAGUUGAACGCAAAUGACAUUCUUUAAAUUUACAGAAAAUUUUAGUAGAAAAACAUUUAAAGAUUGAACCAAAUGAUAUUGUCGGUUUUGUAAGUCAAAAGUAAGAUAUUGGCAGUUUCACUUGGUUAAGCCUAAUACUACUCAAAUUUUAUUCCCUCACUUGUAGUCUUUGAAUAUAUAGUAUGCUAAUUUCUCAAAAGGGAUUAAGAAAUUUGGGGCUUUAAAAUAGUACCACUCACUUAAGAUGCUGUCGUGAAGGGAGUCUAUACUUAGGUUAUUUUUCAGUGAACAUUUAUGCACAAAGGUAGGGUUGCACAGGACAGAAGCCUUUUAACACAUAACCAGUCGAAAUCAAGUGAACACUGCCUCCACACUGAAUUUUGUUCUGUAUUUGGUAGUGGAAAUGAUUUAAAAAUAAAAGUGGUUUUGUUAGAAAAA